AGAGAGCAAAGGGAUAUGAACACUUUUCAACAAUGCUGACUCUCACCCUCAUUUGUAGCCCUAAUUUUCAAUUGCCCUAAAUUUCACUUUCUCUCUCCUCUCUCUGUUUCUCUCUCUAUUUGUAGCUUCAAUUCCCACUCAAAACCCUCACUUCCAUCUUCCACAUUCGAAGCUAAUCUGAUCGGAAAAUUUCACCGGAGACUGGAAAACAUGGAGUGGGCCACCGGAAGUUUCAGACCCUUUGUUUCUCGAGCGCCGGAAUCUUCAUUUGGGUUUCUCUAUAACUAUAAUCUUGAACAAUAUCAGGGCAUAGAUGUGAAGCAUUCAGCGAUGGCGGGGGCGUCGGAGACGGUGCUGCAAGGGCUGGUUCCAGGGAUGGACAUGAACAGCUAUGGAAAUUUGGAGAAGAAGAAGCGGCUGAGCAGCGAGCAGCUCGACUCACUCGAACAAAGCUUCCAGGAGGAGAUCAAGCUCGAUCCCGACCGGAAGCAGAAGCUGGCCAAGGAGCUCGGUCUGCAGCCACGCCAGAUCGCUGUUUGGUUCCAGAACCGCCGUGCGAGGUGGAAGGCAAAGCAACUCGAGCAUCUCUACGACACUCUCAAACAAGAGUUCGAUGCCAUUUCUAGAGAGAAACAUAAGCUUCAAGAGGAGGUAAUGAAACUGAAAAGCAUGCUGAGAGAGCUUCAAACUGCGAGGAACCAAGUGUCGACGGUGUACACUGAAUUGUCGGGGGAGGAGACGGUGGAGAGCACCUCGGUCGGAGCUGGCUGCUCAAGCAAGCCGAGUGCGGCGGCGGUGGCAGAAGCAGCAGCGAACCAAUACCCGACGCCACCGGAGCAGUGCAACUAUGUGUUCAACACUGAGGAGUACAACCCCAUGUCUCCAACCUUCUGGGGGACUCUCCCAUCCUCUUAUCAUCCCCAGUAAACUUGUUUGCUUUGGUUUUUUUGUUUUUUUUUUUUUUUUUAAUUUCAUGAAAAAGUAAGAUUGUGAAGUGAGAGGUUAAAUUAGGGUUUUUUUAGAGAAUAGUGUUGAAAUUUGACAGUUUCUAAUAUCUGGGUCUUGGGAUUUGUUUGGACAGUUCAGAUCAUACCACCUCAAAUCUGUGUUUUUUAUUUUAUAUAUUAAGGGAAAAAAAAUGGAGAAUUUAAUGAAAAAAAAAUUAUCGAGAAAGAGUUGAGGUUAUAUGAUCUGAACUUUCUGUGCUGAUUCAAUGAGAUCCCAGUUUAAUAAAUUUAAUUUAUGUGUUUGUGUUCA